AAUCAGCGUGUUGUUUUCACAUCUUUCCUGCUCAGAGUGAGCGCCACCCCACCACAUCACAGCACCGCUGCGCUGCAGAGCACCUCUGUUGUCAUCUGUCACAAUGAACAGCUACACCGAGAACACCGCGCUGUACGACUACUACGACUACAACCAGACGCUUGACGACGAAAACGACAGUCUCUCUGUGGGGUGUCCCGGCUCACACCUCCAGAGCACCGACAUCUUCCUGCCCGUUGUCUAUUAUCUCAUAUUCUUCACUGGGGUCUUUGGAAACAUCUUCGUCAUCGUAGUGGUGGGCAGCAAAAAUCGCCGGAGUGGGCGUCUGGUGGACACGUUUGUCAUUAACCUGGCCUUGGCUGAUCUCAUUUUCGUGUUCACCCUGCCACUGUGGGCCAUCUCUGCAAGUCAAAACGAUCACUGGGGAUUUGGAGCGGCGGGGAACCUGCUGUGCAAACUGAGCAGCUACAUCAUAGCCGUCAAUCGUGUCUCCAACAUCUCUUUUCUCACCUGUAUGAGUGUGGACCGCUACCUGGCCGUGGUGAAGCUGAUGGACUCCAGGUACCUGAGGACCAGCGGGUGUAUCCGCAUCACCUGUGCUGCAGUCUGGGUCAGCUCCCUCGUGUUUGGCAUCCCAUCCUGGGUGUACAGAGAUGUGAUACCUGUAGGCGGUAGACUUUCCUGCCUGGAAGACAACAGCUCAUCCUUUUUUCUGGCCCUGAGUUUGACUAUGACAUUAGUGACUUUUGUCCUUCCAGUGUUGAUCAUCGUGAUCUGCUAUGGAACCAUUGUCCUGCAUCUCAACAAGCACUGUGUCACAGCUGUGAAUCCUCGGGCAGAUGCCCGACGCAGACACUCCCUCAAAAUGGUCCUCUCCAUCAUCGUGGCCUUCGUGGCGUCCUGGCUCCCAUUCAAUAUUUUUAAAACCAUCAUCCUCAGCUCACGGCUGGCAGCUGCCCAGCCCAGUUGUGGAGUUCCACCGUGGCAGAGCGACGGACUGGUCAUCUCCUGUUGUCUGGCGUUCCUCAACAGCUGUGUGAAUCCAGCCAUUUACUUCUUCCUGGAUCAUCACUUCAGACGACAGGCGCAGCUGCUGUACAAGACGUGCAGCACGACCAAGACCAAGGUUCCUCCGAGUCAUAACUCUACUGCUUCUUUCACCAACACUGGAAAUUCAGAGAGCUUCGGGACAACUGGAGGAGGGAAGAUGUUUCACGUGUCGGACUGAGACAAACCCAACAAAACCGCCUGUUAAAAUACAGUUCUGUCCAACAACUCUGGAUGCUGACAGUUACCAUACUAUAUACAAAAAUGUAUCAAUCUCAUUGUAAUAACCAGAAUGAUGACAAAUUGUUAGGUAAUUGUGACGGGUUUUUACAGAAAUGCAGGAGGAAGACAAACAGUUCUGAGACAAAUUGACAAAUUGAUUUCUCUAUUUAGGUUUUUGUAGAAUUCUGAGAGAUUUCUUUUUCAGUUCUGCUUCGUCCACGGAAUUUCAAUUUUCAGAAAAAUAAAACAGUUAUAAAGUUUGAAUAGGUGUAAAUAUUUGGUUCUGCUCACUUUGAGGGGUGACAGAUGUGAUUUAAUGAAAUGUGAGAAUGUAACUUCAUCAAAAACAAAGCGUUGUGUCUUAACAUGUUUUAGUUAUUAAAAUCGGACACAUUUUGAACUGAUAACAUCUGUUUCAGAUUUUUUUUUUUUACUUACUCCCAUUGAAAUAAUCUGCUUUUGUAAAGAGAAAUGAUUAAUGAUUCUCUGUGGUUUGUAUUUUGUAUUUUUAUUCGUGUUGCUGUAGCGCCGUUCAUGAAAUAUUGCUUGAAUUGUGGCUUUUAAGGAACAAUAGACGACGGAUGAAUCAUGAUGAUGAUGGUGUGUGGUCACAUCAGUAGAUACAGCUGCUGAGCGGGGUUUGCUUACACACACAUACAUGUAUGUAUAUACUGUAUGUACAUACAUAUAUAAUACAAUAUUAUUAUGUUCUUGUAUUGUUUUUUACUAUUUUUUUUAUCACUUCACUUAUAGCCGAUUUUAAAAAAAACAUUGCAGUGAUGCCGAUAUAUUACAGUGGUUUUUAUAGCAAUUCAUUUGUCAAAUGUUUUGAUACAAAUGCAUUA